AAGAAAGAAAGAAAGAAAGAAAGAUAUUUGAGCAAAAUCAGAUAUGUCAGAUCUUGCGGCUCCCGUUCACGAGGCCGAUGUCAAGCCUCACGAAGCGGUCGAUCUCGAGGCGCUCGCUCGGCUUCCCAUGGCGGAGACCAUCCCCGACAACAUUCUUGCCGCUGGCCUCGCGACACCGCCGUUCGUGUCUUUACCGGGCAGCCUGAACCUCAGAGACUUGGGCCUUCUCCCCCGCUCGCGCAUCAAACCAGGGCUCGUCUACCGCUCGGGCUCUCUUCACAACAUCCCCCCUUCCGCCUUCGCUCGUCUGCGCGACGAACUGGGCAUCAAGUCCGUGUUCGACCUGAGACACCGAGGCGAGCGGCAACGGUUCCCGGAGCCGGGCAUCGAGGGCGUGGACAUGGUCUGGCUGGAAUCCACGACGCCGGUGCGGCACGUCAACCCGUCGGAUUACGUUGCCGGCGGCGGGAUCCCCGGGUUCGUGGCAGACUACAUCGAGAUCUUGAAGCUCUUCGCCCCGCGUUACAGGCAGAUUCUCGAGCGCCUGAGAGAUCGGCCGGGGGAAGGCGUUCUCUGGCACUGCACCGCCGGCAAAGACCGGGCCGGAGUCAUGGCCAUUCUCCUGCAUGGCCUCGUUGAGCAUGACGUUGACCUGAUCGGGUAUGACUACAGCCUGACGAGGAUAGGGGUUGAGCCUGAGCGAGAGAUGCUGACUGCCGUGCUCAAGAACUGGCUCGGCGACGACGCGAUGCGGCAGCCAGGGAUCAUCAACCUUGGGAGCACGAAUCCUGGGAUUGCAGCUGCCUUCGUGAGUGUGGUUCAGGAGGAGUACGGUAACUUUUGGAACUACUGCCGACAAGAGAUGGGCUUGACGGAAGAUGAUUUGAAGCAGGUAGUUAGAAACAUCAAGAGGGAGUAGAGGAGGCGAUAGCUGUGUGUUUUAACAUGCUUAGUAUUUUAGCUUUGUCUGCCUCAUUUGAUAGGCUUUAGAUAUUCUGA